AUGGCCUCUCCAAUUUUGAAUUCACUCCUAAUACUCUCCUAUCUUUUCCUAAUCUCCACACCAAAUUAUGCCCUCAACCCUUUAUCAUCAUCUUCAUCUCCAAAUUCCACACGGCCCUCUUCAUACAGUCGAACCCAACUCUCCUCCCUAAAAUCACUCUGCAAAACCACGCCAAAUCCCGACCAUUGCCUGGACGCCGCCAAGCUCUCCGUCUCUCUCAACCUCCCCACCAACCUUAUCUCCUUCCUCAUCCAUACCCUCCAAACCGCACUCUCCCAGGGUCGCAAGCUCUCCACCCUCCUCUCCGCCGCUGCCGCCGACGGCGGCCGCGGCCUCAUCGAGAAACAGAGGGGCACCGUCCAGGACUGCACGCAACUGCACCAAAUCACACAAUCCGCACUGCAGACAUCCAUCUCCCGCAUCACCUCCGGCGGGAAAAAGAUCGACGACGCCCGGACCUUCCUCAGCGCCGCCCUCACCAACAGGGCCACCUGCCUCGAGGGCCUCGCCUCCGCCACCGGGCCCCUGAAGCCGCAGCUCCUCGCCGCCCUCGACGCCACCUACGCCCAUGUCGGGAACUCGCUCUCGAUGCUAGGCCGGCGGGGGCGGGCGGCGCCGCCGGGGCGGCGGCGGCUGCUGGGGUACCCGCGGUGGCUAUCGGGGGAGGCGCGGCGGGCGCUGCAAAGUUCCGGCGGGGAGUAUGACCCGAGCGAGGUGCUGACGGUGGCGGCGGACGGGAGUGGGAACUUCACGACGGUGGCGGCGGCGGUCGAUUUUGCCCCCAAUAACAGCGCGGAGAGGGUGUUUAUAUACGUGAGGGAAGGGGUUUAUGAGGAGAAUGUGGAGAUUCCGAGCUGGAAACCUAACAUUGUGCUGCUCGGAGACGGCAGUGACGUCACUGUUAUCACCGGGAACAGGAGCGCCGCAGGCGGCUGGACCACUUUCAGAUCUGCUACUUCACCACACCACUGGCCUCGACUCACACACAACACGACGCCGUCGCCGGACUGCCGUCGCUAUCGCCACUAUCCGUCUCCUCCCGACGCAAUUACUCGUCUUCGUCCGCCGCCUCAUAACUGUGUAAUCCGGCUCGACGCCUCGCCUCCGUCCACAAACACAUAUCUUCGUCUCUGUCAGCUGCCGCCUCGCAGCGCCACCGUCUGCCGCGUC